UUCUCAUCGAGAAGUGUGAGUGCGGCUCCACUGAGAGAGCGGUGCAAUGAUAAAAGCCGCAUAUGCGGUAGGCUACACACCUAUCAGGCAGGAAAAUACCCAACAAACAGCCUCACCCCGGUUCUCCUCGCACCACAGCCUUAUCCACGACUCAGAGCGGAACCUGAAGUGCCAGUAGAACCAUGUCAAAGCCAACAGGGGGCGGCGUCAAUGAUGUCACCCGCUUUCUGUCAUCGGGUGCGGCGCCGGGGUCUCCCACUGCCAACUCGAUGUUCUCCGCCGCUAGCCAGGCCGACUGGGCGGCUAAGAGGCUGGUGUGGGUGCCGUCAGAGAAGCAUGGCUUCGAGUCGGCCAGUAUCCGAGAGGAGCGCGGCGAUGAGGUGGAGGUUGAGCUGACGGACAGCCAGAGGAAGGUGACUCUGUCCAGGGAGGAGGUGCAGCGCAUGAACCCCCCACGCUUCAGCAAAGUGGAGGACAUGGCCGACCUCACCUGCCUCAACGAAGCCUCGGUGCUGCACAACCUGAGGGAGAGAUACUAUUCUGGCUUGAUCUAUACAUAUUCAGGGCUGUUCUGUGUGGUGGUGAACCCUUACAAGAACCUGCCCAUCUACACAGAGUCCAUUGUGGAGAUGUACCGGGGCAAAAAACGCCACGAGAUGCCCCCACACAUUUACGCCAUAUCAGAGGCUGCCUAUCGCAGCAUGCUACAAGACAGAGAAGAUCAGUCAAUCCUCUGCACAGGCGAGUCUGGAGCUGGCAAAACAGAGAACACUAAGAAAGUCAUCCAGUAUUUGGCUCACGUUGCCUCCUCUCACAAAGGUGGCACUCUGGGUAGGAACAAGGAACCUGUACAGAUGGACGGCUCUCGGUCCUUAACAAGAGGCAGUACUUUGGGGAACAGGGGCGAGCUGGAGAGACAGCUGCUGCAGGCCAACCCCAUACUGGAGGCCUUCGGCAACGCAAAGACUGUCAAGAACGAUAACUCCUCCAGAUUUGGUAAAUUCAUCCGCAUUAAUUUUGAUGUGGCGGGGUACAUUGUUGGUGCCAACAUUGAGACCUACCUCCUUGAAAAGUCCCGGGCCACCCGUCAGGCCAAAGAUGAGAGGACGUUCCACAUCUUUUACCAGUUGUUGUGUGGAACAUCAGAGGAGACGAAAGAGGAGCUGCUCUUAGGAAGUGCUGAUGAGUACCGCUUCCUGAGUGGAGGCUCCAUCCCUGUUCCUGGUCAGAGCGAUUCAGAGAACUUCACCCAGACCAUGGACUCCAUGGCUAUAAUGGGCUUCACCCCAGAGGAGUCGAUAUCCAUGCUUAAGGUUAUCUCCGCUGUGCUCCAGUUUGGGAACAUUUCCUUCAUGAAGGAGAAGAACCAGGACCAGGCCUCGAUGCCUGAUAACACAGCUGCUCAGAAACUGUGCCAUCUGCUGGGCAUCAACGUGCUCGAGUUCACUCGGGCCAUCCUCACUCCCAGAAUCAAAGUGGGUCGGGAGUAUGUGCAGAAGGCCCAGACGAAAGAACAGGCUGACUUUGCUGUGGAGGCCCUAGCAAAGGCCACGUAUGAGCGUCUGUUCAGAUGGCUGGUCCACAGGAUCAACAGAGCUCUGGACCGCAGGCAGAGACAGGGAGCCUCCUUCAUCGGCAUCCUGGACAUCGCUGGAUUUGAAAUCUUCCAGCUCAACUCCUUUGAGCAGCUAUGUAUCAACUUCACCAACGAGAAGCUGCAGCAGCUCUUCAACCACACCAUGUUCAUCUUGGAGCAGGAGGAGUACCAGCGGGAGGGCAUCGAGUGGAACUUCAUUGACUUUGGACUUGACUUACAGCCCUGCAUUGACCUCAUCGAGAGACCAGCCCACCCGCCUGGUGUCCUGGCCCUGCUGGAUGAAGAGUGCUGGUUCCCGCGGGCGACAGACCGCUCAUUUGUGGAGAAGCUGUCUGCUGAGCAAGGCAGCCAUCCAAAAUUCUUCAAACCAAAGCAGCCACGCGGGGAAGCUGACUUCGCCAUCAUUCACUACGCUGGCAAGGUGGACUACAAGGCAGAUGAUUGGCUAGUGAAGAACAUGGACCCCCUGAACGACAACGUAGCGUCUCUUCUCCACCAGUCGUCUGAUCAUUUUGUCUCUGAGCUGUGGAAGGAGGAUAUUCAAACUCUUCCUCGUGUGUACUUUUUUGACUCCUAUGCCACACUACAGGCUAAUGGCUCCGACAUGGACAGGAUCGUGGGUCUGGACCAGGUGUCGUCAGGAGAGAACAGUGGGCCGGUCACAUUCGGAGCAGCCGGGCUGAAGACAAAGAAGGGAAUGUUCCGGACUGUUGGUCAGCUGUACAAGGAGUCGCUCACAAAACUGAUGGCCACGCUGAGGAACACCAACCCCAACUUCCUCCGCUGCAUCAUCCCCAACCAUGAGAAGAGGGCUGGUAAGCUGGCUCCCCACCUGGUUUUGGACCAGCUGAGAUGUAAUGGAGUCCUGGAGGGAAUCCGUAUUUGCAGACAAGGUUUCCCAAAUCGUAUCCCAUUCCAGGAGUUCAGACAGAGAUAUGAGAUCCUGACUCCCAAUGCUAUUCCACGCACCUUCAUGGAUGGCAAACAGGCCUCAGAACUCAUGAUCAGAGCUUUGGAACUGGAUCACAACCUGUUCAGGGUGGGUCAGAGUAAAGUCUUCUUCAGAGCUGGAGUCCUGGCUCACCUGGAGGAAGAAAGAGACCUGAAGAUCACUGACACCAUUAUACGCUUCCAGAGCGCCGCCAGAGGCUACCUCGCACGCAAAGCCUUCAUGAAGAAGCAGCAGCAGCUGAGUGCUGUGAGGGUGAUGCAGAGAAACUGUGCUGCUUACCUCAAACUCAGGAACUGGCAGUGGUGGCGGCUGUUCACCAAGGUGAAGCCCCUGCUGCAGGUGACCCGGCAAGACGAGGAGAUCCAGGUUCGGGAGGCCGAGCUCCAGAAGGCCAAGGACAACCUCACCAGAGUGGAGCAGGAUUUCAAAGAGCUGGACAGGAAGCACGCUCAGCUGAUAGAGGAGAAGGCAGUGCUGGCUGACCAGCUGCAGGCGGAGGCAGAGCUGUUUGCGGAGGCAGAGGAGAUGAGGGCCAGGUUGGCCAGUCGGAAACAGGAGCUGGAGGAGGUGCUGGGCGAGCUGGAGAGUCGAUUGGAGGAAGAGGAGGAGAGAGGCGUGCAGAUGACCAAUGAAAAGAAGAGGAUGCAGCAGAAUAUUCAGGACCUGGAGGAGCAGUUAGAGGAGGAGGAAGGUGCCCGACAGCGCCUCCUGCUGGAGAAGGUCAGCUUGGAGACCAAAGUGAAGAGUCUAGAAACCGACCUGAUGAAUGCAGUGGAGCAGAGAGACCGACUCAGCAAGGAGAAGAAACAGCUGGAGGAGCGUCUGAGCGAGGUGACCGAUCAGCUCACAGAGGAAGAGGAGAAAACCAAAAGUCUGAACAAACUUAAGAACAAACAGGAGGCUGUCAUUGCUGACUUGGAGGAGCGCCUGAAGCGUGAGGAGCAGGGUCGCUUGGAGCAGGAGAAGUGGAGGAGGAGGAUGGAGAACGACUCGGUGGAGGCCCAGGAGCAGCUGUCGGACCUGAACAUGCUGUCCACCGAGCUGAGGGGCAGUCUGUCUCAGAAGGAGAAGGAAAUCACCACCCUGCAGGGCCGGUUGGAGGAGGAAGGAGCACGUCGUGCAGAAGCUCAGAGGUCGCUGAGGGAGGCCAUGUCCCAGGUGUCUGAGCUGAAAGAGGAAGUGGAGAAUGAGCGAGGGAUGCGGGAAAGGGCGGAGAAACAGAGGCGAGACCUUGGGGAGGAGCUGGAGGCUUUGAGAACUGAGCUGGAGGACACUCUGGACACCACAGCUGCCCAGCAGGAGCUCAGGUCUCGUCGGGAGGCGGAGUUAAAUGAUCUCCAGCGAUGUGUUGAGGAGGAGACUCGCCGCCACGAGGCCCAGCUGUCAGAACUCAGAGUCAAACACAGCGCUGCCAUAGACAACCUUCAAGAACAGCUGGACAAUAGCAAGAGGGCACGUCAGUCUCUGGAAAAGGCCAAGGCAGUGCUGGAGGAAGAGAGGCAGAAUUUGAGCUCAGAGCUGAAGAGCCUCCAAGCGAGCCGCACAGAGAGCGAAAGAGGCCGCAAGAGAGCCGAGAAUCAGCUGCAGGAGCUCAACGCCCGACUGGCUCAGGCUGACAGAGAGCGGGAGGACAGGGAAGAGAGAGUGCACAAGCUACAGUGUGAGAUCGAGGCUCUCUCCGGCAGUGUGUCUACCGCUGACACCAAAUCCCUUCGGCUCGCGAAAGAGGUCAGCAGCCUGGAGAGCCAGCUGCAUGAUGCAAAGGAACUGCUGCAGGAUGAAACACGUCAGAAGAUGGCUCUGAGCUCGAGGGUGCGAGCACUGGAGGAAGAGAAGAACGGACUGAUGGAGAGACUUGAGGAGGAGGAGGAGAGAGCCAAAGAGUUGACCCGGCAGAUUCAGACUCAUACCCAGCAGUUGUCAGAGCUUCGUAAGCAGUCCGAGGAGGUGAACACUGCGGUGGAAGCUGGAGAGGAGACGCGCAGGAAACUCCAGAGAGAGCUGGACAGUGCCAUCCAGAGGGAGCGACAGAAGGAGGAGGAGAAGGAUAGGGUGGAGAGGCAGAGGGAACGACUGAGGGAGGAGAUCGAGGACUUGACACUUGCCCUGCAGAGGGAGAGACAGAACUGCACGGCCCUGGAGAAGAGGCAGAAGAAGUUUGACCAGUGUCUGGCAGAGGAGAAGGCGGUGAGCGCUCGACUGGCAGAGGAAAAGGAUAGAGCGGAAGCAGACAGCCGAGAGAAGGAGACAAAAUGUCUGGCUCUUUCCCGAGCUCUGCAGGAGACCCAGGAUCAGGCAGAAGAGCUGGAGAGGUCCAACAAGCAGCUCCGUCUGGAAAUGGAACAGCUUGUAAACCAGCAGGACGAUGUCGGCAAGAACGUCCAUGAGCUGGAGCGCACCCGCAGGACCUUAGAAUCAGAAGCCCAGAACCUGCGCGUUCAGACACAGGAGCUGGAGGAGGAGCUGACGGAGGCGGAGAACUCGAGGCUGAGGCUGGAGGUCACCCUGCAGGCGCUCAAGGCUCAGUUCGAGAGGGAGAUAAGCACCAGCGAGGAGAAGGGAGAGGAGAAGAGGAGGGCGCUCAGCAAACAGGUGAGGGAGCUGGAGAUCCAGCUGGAGGAGGAGAGGAGUCAGCGGUCUCAGGCUGUGUCGUCCAAGAAGCAGCUGGAAGCAGAGCUGCAGGAAUCCGAGGCCCAGGUGGAGGCAACCACCCGCGGAAAAGAGGAGGCUGUGAAGCAGCUACGGAGGUUGCAGGGUCAAAUGAAAGAAAUUCUGCGCGAGCUAGAUGAGACCAAGCUUUGUCGGGAUGAGGUGAUCACACAGUAUAAAGACAGUGAAAAGAAGAUCCAAAGUCUGGAAGCAGAAGUCCUGCACUUGACUGAGGAGCUUUCUGUAUCAGAGAGGCAGAAGAGACAGGCUCAGCAGGAGAGAGACGAGAUGGCCGACGAGAUGGUCAACAGCAGCUCUGGAAAGACCGCACUGUUUGAAGAGAAGCGGAGGUUAGAGGCACGAGUGAGUCAGCUGGAGGAGGAGCUGGAGGAGGAACAGAGUAACUCUGAACUGCUGACGGAGAGGCAAAGAAAGACUGCUCUACAGGUGGAGACUAUGACCGUGCAGCUGCAGGGAGAGAGGACUCUGGCCCAGAAGGCAGAGGCGGCUCGGGAGCAGCUGGAGAGGCAGAACAAGGAGCUGAAGACUCGACUGGGAGAGAUGGAGGGAGCAGUGAGGGGAAAACACAGGCUCAGCGUCGCCGCCCUGGAGGCCAAGAUAGAUUCGAUGGAGGAGCAGCUGGAACAGGAGAGACAGGAACGAGCCAUUGCCAACAAACUGAUGCGGAAGACAGAGAAGAAACUGAAGGAGGUGAUGAUGCAGGCAGAAGACGAGAGAAGACACGCAGACCAGUACAGAGAACAGCUGGAUAAGUCGAUGGUGCGCCUGAAGCAGCUGAAGAGGCAGCUGGAGGAGGUGGAGGAGGACAACUCUCGCUCCAACGCCCAGAAGAGGAAGCUGCAGAGAGAGCUGGAGGAGCUCACCGACAGCAGUCAGAGCAUGACGCGAGAGAUCACGUCUCUCCGCAACCAGCUCAGGCGUGCUCCGUUGCCCCUGGCGAUGCGUGGACGCAGAGCGCUGGUCGACGACCUCUCAUUGGAGAACUCCGACUCAGAGGAGCCCCCCGCCUCGCCGACCCCCUCCUCUGGACUCCCAGGAACCCCGACUCCCUCCUCUGAACACAGCCUGGACCCUCCGCCACCCUACAGCGUCAACAACACAGAGUGACGCACACACAGACUCAGUUACAAACACACACGCACACACACACACACACAAACACGCCGGCCUCUCACAGCCUCGACUACUCAGGAGUGAAGGAGUGACACACACACACAGCACGCAACAACUCUGUAGUUUAUAAAAGUAAAUUUAGGAUGAACACAUCAGGCGCUACAACUGUAAAACGACCUCACUGACAAGGUGUACAAAUUUUACAACUGGAAUUAAUUUUUAUUUUGUAACAAACUGUGACAUAAAAAAAACAACGUUGGAAAUUUCUACAUGACAUCGCUGUAAUGCACUUCUGAGAAACUAAACUACAUUUCCCAGAGUUCUGAGGGGAAACUAACUAAUUUCACGAUGCUGUACAGUAACUAGAGCGCAGAGAACAAUACGGUGAUCACGUCUUUUACAUUAGGAGGUAUUUAAAAGCUAAGCCAUGUUUAACCCUGUGAAGAGGAUUGAAUAUAUAUAUAUGUAUAUGUAUGCAAUCUGAUUUUAUAAAGGGCUGCUGGAGGGUGAAAAUACUUCUAAGAAAUGUUAAGACAAUCUAUAUACAUGUUACAUAAAGCGGGAGAAGUCGAAUAGACACUGGAACAAUGUGAUUUCUGACAUUUUGAUAUGUCAGUUUUAACAGAACAAUAAAUGAGAGACUUUGAAUAAUUUGGCAAAUAGAAAGGAAACAAAAUGUGAAAGAGAAAUGGCAACUAGUAACCAAUAUUUAAUGAAACUUUUAUUGUAAAUGGUUGAUCAGAAACUGGGAAACAUUACACUAAGCUGUCUAAUUUUCAUAUAAUUUGUCCGAGCUGUAGAGACACAAACAUUUGACCUUUAAAAAAAAUUAAAGUUGUAUUAAAAGAAUAAAUAAAUCCUUUUUCAGUAGAUUAGAAACAGUACGUUGUUAGACAAAGCAGUAGGUAGUGUUAGAUAGUUUCUUUAACUUAAAUCUUAACAUAUUGCUUCAGAAAUUUGUAUAAUUUAUAUCCAAUGUUAAGUUAUUGAUCGCUGGUUAUUUUCUGUAUGACUCUUCUUGUCUCGUGGGGAAGCAUGUCAGUCGGAUCAUUUCUGCUCCUGCUGGCGCCGACGUCGACCUGAAGUGGUCGGUCAGCGUCACAGCGUGGAGUCUCAGAGGUAAAUUUGCAUUGAAGACCUUUCCUAGUUUGACCUGUAAAGGUCGUCGCUGGUGUAGAAAAGAAAAUGUAUGGGUUGUCGUCCACGGCAACGUAAUGAAAAAUAACCUGUGGAGAACUGUAUUAAUUGAUCAUUUUAUCCAAAGCAGAACAAAUUGUGACAAUGGAUCUUUUUUUUGUUGUUUUAGACUGAUAAACACAUCACAUUUUUACUUCGACAAGCAUCUUGUACAUUGUAAUUUUGAUUUUUAGCGAUUAUCUGUGUAAAUUAUUGAUCAAACAAAGCUUUUGUGUUUAACCAAAUGGUGGGCGUAUGGAUGAGAAAAAGGGACUUAAAUAAGUAGUAAACGUAGAGUAGCUGUAGAGUAGGUGACGUGAGCAGAGGCUGGUGGUGUUCUCUACUAUCAUCCUCCGCUGGAUGAUCUCCUCAGUAGAAUAAACUCCGCCUCUGCUCGAUCCCUGUGUAGAAUAACUGAGCACGAGACUCAAAGCAUUUUCAGAAACUAGUAGUAUUAGAUAAAAAAUGACAAUGGAGGCACUGGGGAAUGAAUUUUUAUGAAGCAAACGGCAAGUAGAACAAAAUGUAGAUUUUUUUUUUUUUUCUACCCUAGCUAUCGACUCGAUGUGUGUGGUGUCGACCAAACACAAUUAGCUUGACGACCCUGCUGUGAAACAGACAAUGUUUUUGUGAAACCUGGUUUCAAAUGUUUUUAUUCUGGUGAAACAUCUCCAUUUUUCCUCAGCAUGUUUUAUUCACUGUGUAACAGACAGUUAUUUUAUCUCUGUUCAUGACCUCCUUCAGCACCCGUUUGCCUGUCAUAGCUUAAGGGCCGUCCAGGAAGUAAAUGUGAUGUUGAGAUUUUGACGUAGAGACAAAUAGCAAUGUUUUAAAGACGUAGUUUACCACUUUGGGAAAUACGUAUAUUCGCUUUCCUGUAGAGAAUUAGAUUAGAAGACAGACACCACUUUCAUGUCUAUAUGGUAAAUAUGAAGCUACAGGCAGCAGCCAGUUAGCUUAGCUUAGCAGAAAGACUGGAAACAGAAGGAAACAGCUAGCCUGGUUCUGUUCAGAGGUGACAAAAUCCACCUACAAACAGCUCAAAGGCUCUCUUUUACUCUUUCUUUUUUUUUUUUUUUUUAAAAGCUAUGUCCACAUGUAUUCAUAUAUUUUUGAAAAUAGAUAUUUUUAUCCUCCAUUUUAAAGAGUAACUCUGUCCAUGUGACAUGUGUUUUACUAAAUAUCUCCGUCCACACUAGAAUGCUAAAAUGACUCCAAACACUCGCAGGUGUCAGCUGUCAACCGUCUCCUACGUUAAUUUAUUUUUAUUUUAUUAUCAUUAUUAUUUUUAUUUUUUAUUUUAUUUUAUUUUGUUUUAUUUUAUUAUUUUUAAAGAUAUUUUUGGGGGGGCUUUUUUGCCUUUAUUUGAUAGGACAGAUAUAGCAUGAAGGAGGGGAGAAGGUGGGGAUGACAUGAAGCAAAAGGCCAUGAGUUUGAAUCAGACCUGCCGCCGCUGCGGCAAGGACACAGCCUUUGUACUUGGGGCACCUGCUCUACCAGGUUAGCCUAGGGGGCGCCCCACCUUUGAAGGCAUUUUUAAAAAAAAUCUCAGUUUUGGUGACUUGUGUGUGGACAAGGCCAAACAUGGACAAAAACAUCUGUAUGUGUAGACAGGGCCUCAGAGAUGCUGACAGGUGUGUUUUGUUGCCUUUGUGCAGAGCCAGGCGAGCUGUUUCCCUCUGUUUCCAGUUCCUGUGCUAAGCUAAGCUAAAUGUGUUUUGGCUGUAGCUUCAUAUUCAUCUUCAGACAUGAGAAUGAUUCUGAUUUUCUGGUUUAACUCUCAACAAAAGAAUUAAACAAGCCUAUUUCUAUUAAUGGUAAACUGUUCCUUUAAAUUACAAAGAAUGUCACUGGCGCUUUAACUUUAAAUUAGAACUCAAGAAAGAUAAAGAUAAAUCACAAAUGUUGCUCUGAAUGUUUUCUUUAUAUUCUGGUUGUGUUAUAUUAGGAUUGAUGAUCCUGUUGGUGUUUACCGUUUGAUUACGCGCAGGGCCGGUACAGUUUUCGGUAAUCAGGGCUGUCAUCAUUGCUCCAUUCUUCUUCCGUCCGUUUUAGAUUAAUGGAAUUAUAUUUUAAUGAAGCAGCAAUGCAAAGAUAACGUGCGAAACAAGAACAAUGAGCAUGUACAGUGCUAAUGUCCCUGCAUCCAUCAGACACGUUCAGCUUUUUAUUUUGCCAGGUUCACCAUGAUUCACAGUCAGUGACCGGUGAAGAAAGAUCAAGAGUUUGACUACUGACAACAUAUAUGUAACGCCCUAUCAAAGGGUUUUAUUUUUUAUUUUCUGUAUGUACAAUUCUUUUAUUUUAGCAAUUUAAGUUUGAAGCUGUGUUUUUUUUUUUAAAGAUAUUGUGUAAAUGCUGCACUUUACACAUGACCAGUGGAGAUGAACGCAGCCGGACAUUGUCAGCACGUCACGUCUGCUUUGUCAGGUUGUAUUUGAUCUCAAAGAGGCCGACAUUAAGCAUCAAGCCAAAUGAGCUGACGUCACAAGCUGUCACUCUGAACUGUUCACUUCAAUGUCGUGAUCUCAGAAUGUCGUAUCAACGUCUAAACGUGGUGGCUUCGUUUGCGCCCUCAUAGACCAAAAUCUGAAGACACGUGGAUUGAGCUGCUGGAGCGAGAACGGUUCUGUUCGCCUGUAGCAAAGAGACGAGGCCGGUGCUUCUCUAAGGUGUUAUUUUUCUCUCUGUGUUUUAUGGCUACUGUGGAACUUGAAACAUUUUGGAAGAAAUGUGUUUUAUUGUUUUAGCCUUUUUUUGUUAAUGAUGCUGUAAUUAUAAAACAUCUGACUGGGGUUAACUUUAAUAUAUGUCGUUGGUUUUGA